GAGACGAUAAAGCUUGUGACUCUAAAGCGCAUGCGUGAAUUGUGCAUGUGUUGAGGUAGCGGGAACCCACUGUUUUGUGUACAUAAAACAAGGUCCUGCUAUUAAUUAUUAACUCGUGAUGUCGUCCGAGGAAGCAGCUGUUCCGAAGCCUGCAACAGAAAAUUUAGAAACAAAGCCUGCUCCUGCUGCUACAGCUACUACCACAGCCUCAUCUGUUACAAAUGUUCCUUCAUCUACAACCCAAAGUAAACCACAAUCACAACCUCAGAAGCCAAAUUACACCUUAAAAUUUACUUUAGCUGGUCACACUAAAGCAGUUUCUUCAGUAAAGUUUAGUCCUAAUGGUGAAUGGUUAGCAAGUUCUUCUGCGGAUAAAUUGUUAAAGAUAUGGGGAGCCUAUGAUGGAAAAUUUGAAAAAACUAUAAGUGGUCAUAAACUGGGUAUAUCAGACGUGGCCUGGUCAACAGAUAGUCGCUUGUUAGUUAGUGCUUCUGAUGACAAAACAUUAAAAAUAUGGGACUUUUCAAUGGGAAAAUGUUUAAAGACAUUGAAAGGUCACAGCAAUUAUGUAUUUUGUUGUAAUUUUAAUCCCCAGUCAAAUUUAAUAGUAUCAGGUUCAUUUGAUGAAAGUGUUCGAAUUUGGGAUGUUAAAACAGGAAAGUGUUUGAAGACGUUACCAGCACAUUCUGAUCCAGUAACAGCUGUUCAUUUUAAUCGUGAUGGUUCUCUUAUAGUAUCUAGUAGUUAUGAUGGUUUAUGUCGUAUCUGGGAUACAGCAUCUGGUCAGUGUUUAAAAACAUUGAUUGAUGAUGAUAAUCCACCUGUUUCCUUUGUAAAGUUUUCUCCAAAUGGAAAAUAUAUAUUAGCAGCCACUUUGGAUAAUACACUCAAACUAUGGGAUUACAGCAAAGGAAAGUGUUUGAAAACAUAUGUUGGACAUAAAAAUGAAAAGUACUGUAUUUUUGCUAAUUUCUCAGUAACUGGUGGAAAGUGGAUUGUAUCAGGAUCAGAAGACAAUGUGGUGUUUAUUUGGAAUCUCCAAACAAAAGAAAUUGUACAGAAAUUACAAGGACACACAGAUGUUGUGUUGUGUUGUGCUUGCCAUCCUACGGAAAAUAUAAUCGCUUCCGCAGCUUUGGAAAAUGAUAAAACUAUUAAAUUAUGGAGAAGUGAUGUGUAAUCAAAUUUUUAUAACAAGACUUGUAAAAAAGAAGAAAAAAAAGCAGAAAUAAUCAUGAAUUGAUCAUUAAAUUCUUAAAAUGAAAAUGAUGAUUGUGUGGCAUCCAGGUGACCUAUUUCUGAUAUUCACUGACCCAGUUGAAUUUUCAGUUAAUUUUAAGGCAUUGCAUGGAAUGUAAUGGCUCAAACUUGUUUUCUUUAAUGGAUUUUUUACUUGAGGGAAAUUCAGUGGAAAAUGUAUCAUCCCUCGAUGUGUUUAUUUUGGUCAAUGUGAGGUUAAAGAUACCAAGCCGAUGUGUAAUGCAAUGUAUUUUAGAAACAAGAGGGAAUCUAUGGAGAAAUGGUCUUAUGAAGAAACCAUUGAUGAUUGUGACUGUAAGGAAUUAAGUACAUCUAUAAGUAAAAGUAGAUUUUGUUUUGGAUCAAAAGUAUAUGUUAACGAUUCUGUGAAGCAGUUUUAUAACUGACUAAUUCUGAAAAUGUCAUAGGUAAUAACUUACUUCUUAUUAACUCUUAUUCUUAUGUAAAACAGAAAUUGAAAUAUAAAGUGUGUGUUCACCAAUUAUAUUGUGUAUCCAAUGACAAAUUUUGCAUUAAAUAUUUUUUGAUUGUUGUAAUUGGUUUAAAAUUGAUUAGAAUUUUGAUAUCCAAUUGAGGUCUUUUUUCUAAUGUUAACUGACAUUGCUGAUACACAGUUCUAAUCUACUGUUAUAAUCGGAAUCUUUAUUUGAGCAUGUUGGGUGGAUAUUAAAUAAAAUCAACCAUUCUAAUAUGCGAAAUCAAAGAGGAGCCCUUUAUAAAUAGUAUGUCUAACUAAAACUUAAAGGGUGCUUAAAUGAUUAUGUUUAAUUAAAUGGCUUUAAUUUAAAAUUAUUAUAAAUUUAAAGCAGAUAUAUACUUUAUUUUAUAUUUCUAAGAAUUAAUGUUUUUAGUGAGUAACCAAUAGAAUGUUGAUUUGAUAAGUUUACUUUUUAUACGCCCACAUUGAAAUGUGGUCGUAUAUUGUCGUCGCCCCUGUCCGUCCGUCUGACGGUCCGGCGUCCACAAUUGCUUGUGGACGCUCUAGAGGCUAAAGUUAAUAUCCAAUUGACUUUAAAUUUAUACACAAUGUUUAAGGUCAUGAGACGAAGAAGCCUAUUGAUUUUCAGCGAUUUCCGAUAAUUACUGCCAGAGUUAUGGGCCUUGAUCGCUUCAAAAAAUCUUGUGGACGCUCUAGAGGUCAGAGUUAAUAUCCGAUUGACUUUAAAUUUAUACACGGUGUUUACGGUCAUGAGAUGAAGAAGCCUAUUGAUUUUCAGCGAUUUCCAAUAAUUACUUCCAGAGUUAUGGCCCUUGAUCGCUUCAAAAAAUCUUGUGGCCGCUCUAGAGGUCAGAGUUAAUAUCCGAUUGACUUUAAAUUUAUACACAGUGUUUAAGGUCAUGAGAUGAAGAAGCCUAUUGAUUUUCAGCGAUUUCCGAUAAUUACUUCCAGAGUUAUGGCCCUUGAUCACUUCAAAAAAUCUUAUGGACACUCUAGAGGUCAAAGUUAAUAUCCGAUUGAUUUUAAAUUUAUACACAGUGUUUAAGGUCAUGAGAUGAAGAAUGCUAUUGAUUUUCAGCAAUUUCCGAUAAUUACUGCCAGAGUUAUGGCCCUUGAUCACUUUGAAAAAUCUUGUUUACGCUCUAGAGGCUAUUAAUAUCCGAUUGAGUUUAAAUUUAUACACAGUGUUUAAGGUCAUGAGACGAAGAAGUUUAUUUCAUUUUCAGAGAUUUUUGAUAAUUACUGCCAGAGUUAUGGCCCUUGAUCACUUCAAAAAAUCUUGUAAAUGCUCUAGAGGCUAAAGUUAAUAUCCAGUUGACUUUAAAUUGAUACAGAGUGUUUGAGGUCAUGAGACGAAGAAUCAUAUUGAUUUACAACGAUUUCUGAUAAUUACUGCCAAAGUUAUGGCCCUUGAUCAUUUUUAAAAACCUUGUGACCCUCUAGAAGCUAAAGUUAUCAUCCGAUUGACUUCAGAUUCAUACACAGAGUGUAAGGUCUUGAGACAAACCAGUAUGCUGAUUUUCAAUGAAUUCUUAGGACUUGAACAGCUAAAUCCAUGAUGUUAAAAGUUUCCUAUACUAAACGUUAGCAUGGGGCAAAACUUUAUAAAAACCAAAUAAAUUCUAUUGGUUUUCUGAUAAUUACUUAAUGAGUUGUUACUCUUAAUCAGAUUUUAAUGUAUUAUAAAUGUUUCAUUACCGAAAAAAGUAAAAAUAUGUGACAACUCUUGUUGACUGCCCGGACGAGUUAGCUGCUGUGGGCGUAUGUUUCGUUGCCUGGCAACCUAUCUUCCUUCAAUUUAAAAACAAACAAUUGUCAAUUUUUACACUUUAAAAGGAACACUUAAAGAUGCAUUAUGUAAGAUAAUUAAAUUUUUAAAUAAUAAUCGUGUUUAAAUCCGAUGAAAAUCAAAAGCAUUCGAUGUUCUCGAGUGUUGUCUAAUGAAUGCUUUAUAUAACAUUUGAGGCCAAAUGAAAUAUCUGCAUUAGGCAGAUUUAGUUCUUACAUAAUACAUCUUUAAAUGAUCCUAUCACAGUAAUAUUUUAAAGUAGCUAAGUCUCUAACUCAAUAUCAUCCAAAGUCUUCGAUAUUGAAAAAACGAAUUAUUUGUCAAUUUAAAUCAACAUUGAUGUUGUAAUCUUACGGGGAAAAGAUGAGCUUCUGAUAUCCAAUAUUUAAGACAAAAUAAACAUUUUACCAUUGGUACACGAAUCAUGUACCAUAGUGCAUUUCAGCACCAUUUGUAACAAGGGGCCUGAAGAACGAAUCUAGACAUUAUUCCACAUGUCAUGUCAAACGGUGACAUCAUAUUCUUAUCUGGAGAGAAUGCAUCAUAAAUAAUAUUGAUGUAGACUGGAAUAACCAGACGCUAAAGAUUGCCAUUCAAUUGAGACUUCUGGCUUAUUUCGCCGGACAUAAUUGAUUUGAGAUUAGAGUAAAAACGGAAAUGAUGGAAUGUAAAUCAGUUUAUAUACAUUCAUAUUACAUUAUUAUAUGCAUUGCGAUACAUUGGUGUCAAUUUCUAGGUCCUAAAUAUUAGCGAUUUAGCUCCUUUAAUGAGUUUACAAAUAUUGGAUUCUGACAGGUUAUUUGUAAUUUGUAUAAAUUAUGCCUGAUCAGUUCAGUAGAUAACCUUUACAUCAUUUCUAAGAAUAGACUACUGUACUCAAAUUGUGAGCAAAAUGAGUGUCACUAGUAUUGGGUAUAGUAAGAGCCAUGUCAACUGCAGAUAUAGGAAAUGUCUUUUUUAUUGUUUGAUAAUUUAUGCCAGAGCCAUAAAAUUAUAACACAAACAUUUGUUACUGAAUACUUAUAUCACUAUAUAUUAUACAUGUUUCAUAUCAGCAUGGAUCAUUGUACAUACCUCAUCUAAAAUAAAUAAAAAAAUCUUUAUACAAACAGAAACUGGGUUUUUUUAUGUGCAGU